AUGUCUUCUGAACCCGUUGUGAAUGGCAGUGCCAAAUCCCGGGCAGCACUGCUCGAAGAGCAACAUGCUCGAGAUGAGGCGCACAAUGUUACUGUGGAAGAUGUUGUGGACGAAGACGACGUCUUGCAUCCUCCCCCCUCUGCUCCGGUUACCAGCGACUCUCCCUCCCCCACACAGGUACCGACGCCCGCAGCAACCACUGCGCCAGUGAAUUCAAAGCCUGCCUCGGCCAAGGCUCCCACCUUGGAUGUACAAUCGGAGGAACUCUUCCCUGCUCUGGGAAGUGGUCCGAAGUCGAAGGCACCUGCUGCCUCCGCCUGGGGUGCCAGAGGCCCCUCUGCCGCCGCCGCCGUCGCCAAUGGCGUGCCCAGUGGUGCAUCGACAGCCGACGUGCCUAGGAUCAUGUCUCUACCUGGAAAACACAUGGAACAGCUCCGACUUGCGCCUUCACAAAUGCUCCAGAGGGGUCAACUGAAGAAGCCUCUCCGGGACAUCCUUCGCGAUAUUUCGAAACGCUCAAAGGCUAAUGUUGAUAUGCGAGGUGGGCCCGGAGGGUCCAUCAUCUUCGAGGGUAAGGGCUCAGUGGAUGCGGUUCGGCAAGCUCUGAAACAAGUGGCCCAGCAGGUUGGUUCCAAGCAAUCGGUCCGUGUCCCAAUUCCCACCUCCGCACGACCUCACAUCAUCGGCCGACAAGGCGCUGUCGUCCAAGACAUUCAGCAGCGAACAGGAGCGCGCGUCCAGGUUCCACGUGCGGAAGACCCAACUGGAGAUGAUGACGAGGACAAUGACACCAUUGAUGUUCUGAUCGAGGGCGAUGCUGUUGCUGCUGAGAUGGCCCGGCGCGAAAUUGAGGCUAUUGUCAAGGAGCGUGCGUCGAACAUGAACUUGCGCCUGAAAUCAAUCCCGCCGGAAUUCUUCCCCUUCAUCGCGGGUCCUCACAAUGCAAGCCUGAGAAACAUUGAAGAGCGAACCAAGGCUCAGAUUCACAUCCCUCGCUACGAUACAUGGCAAAGCCAGCCUCCGCCGCAGGAAGCCGAGCCUGGCCACGUCCAGUUUGCACCGGUUUCUGAUAGGCAUAUCCUCAUUUCUGGAGAGCGCACUGCGACACAGGAAGCUCGUGCAGAGAUUGAGAAGAUUGCUGCCGAUCUGCAGCGUCAACUUACCCUACGGCAACUCGCAAUCAACCGGGGUCAGCACCAAUUCAUCCUGGGUGAUAAUGCUAAUGCACUACAUGAAUUCCUUGCGGAAACUGGAUGCGCUAUUGUGCUUCCCCCCUCAUCAGACGAGACCGAGUUCCUAACCGUCACCGGCCCGCUGCAGCGCAUUGAAGAUGGAAUUAACCGAGCAAUGGAUCUCGCCACGAGCAUGCAGAUGGCAAGCAUCGACCUCUCCCGCCAGCACGCCAAUGCUCCUCUCGGGCCACAUGUUCAUGCGCGCGCUCUUACCCGCUACCUACACCAACGACAAAUCAUCAAGGAACUUGAAAACAUGUACGAUUCCCGGAUUGCUCUGUCUCCCGCUUCAGAUGGGCCGGUCACCUGGGAGGUCUACUCAAGGGAUGGCAAGAACACGAUUCGUGCGCGCUCCGAUAUCCUGAAUCUCGUCGCAGCUCACCCUCCGGCCAGACUCCGGCACCUGACCGUUGACCCUUACUUCUACCCUUACCUCCGCUCCCGUAGCAUUCCUCAGUUGCGGUCUGAAUACGGUGUCUAUGUCCUUAUUCCUGAAGAGGUCGACUGCCCGGAUGUUGUGCUCGUCUACGAAGGACCCUCUGCGAACUCUCCUCAGCUAGAGAUUCCACGCCAACGGCCAUCCCCCACCGACCUUGCGUCAUUUGAAAAAGCUCUCCAAGAGGCGCAAGAGUAUCUGUUGAAUGCUCUCGGUAGCCAAGAUGACAUCGUGGAGCAGGCUGUGCCGAUUCCCAGCAAGUAUCAAGAGAAAGUACGGAAGUUCAUCGCCCGGGAACAAGAGGCGAAGGGCGAAGACCAGAUUCCUGUCCGCGCUCUUAUUGGAGGUGGACCAAGCCGAAAUGGCGGCGGAGCCACUCCUCACAGUGAGGUUUCAUUGCGCGGCCCUUCCCGCCUCGUUGGGGAACUUGCAGCCAAACUCCAAGAGUUCGUUGUUGAGCAAGAGAAAGAUGAUCUUGAGAGGGGUUACACCACUUCCUUUGACUUCCCCAAGAAGUUUGCAAACCUCCUUAUCGGGAAGAGGGGUGAAAAUAUCAAUAAGCUUCGUGACGAAUUUGACGUUGAUAUCAAGGUGGAGGAUGGAAAGGUGGAGGUCAAGGGACCCAAGGCCAAAGCAGAUGCUGCAAAGACUAGGAUUAUCAACCUCGGCAAAAAAUUUGAGGAUGAGACGACUCACAUCUUGAAAGUCCCCGCUCAGUAUCACCGCGAGUUGAUCGGGCAGAAGGGCAGUCAGGUCAACCGACUCCAAGACCGCUACUCUGUUCGCGUCCAGUUCCCUAGAGCUGUGAUCGCCAGCGACGAGCAGUCUGUUGCGGACACUUCCAGCGAGGCCGGCAGCGUGAGACCUCAACGGUUCCAGCAGGCUGCCGACGAGGUGAUUGUCAAGGGACCCAGUAAGGGCGCAGACGCUGCACGUGAUGAAAUCUUGAGCUUGUUGCAGUGGGUUGUGGACCACUCCCACUCAGCCACUGUGUCUGUUGCACAGGGCCAGAUUCCUUCGCUUAUUGGCCAGCGUGGGCGUGAGAUGGAUAAACUUCGGGCUGACACUGGUGCUCAAAUUGAUGUGCCAGGAGUCAACGAUGCGCCAGACGCCUCUGGCCGCGUUGAGAUCAGGAUCAAGGGCACCAAGACACAGGUGGAAGAGGCGAGGAAGGUCUUGCUGAAGCGCUCGAGCGAAUUUGAUGCUACUGUUACCAAGUCGAUCGAGGUUGACAAGAAGUAUCACAAGUCCUUGAUUGGUGGCGGCGGUGCAAACAUUCGUAAGAUUGUUGCUGAAGCCGGUGGUCCGACCGACUCGAGUGCAUCCCGACUUGUUAAGUUCCCGCGUCCCGAGAGCAACGAAACCACAAUCAGACUCGAAGGCGACGGCGAGGUCGUGGACAAGAUCAUUGCUUCUAUUGAGCAGUUCGUGAAGGAGCGCGAAGACCAGGUAGUUGUCAACGUUGAGAUCCCUGCUGUGCAGCACCGUCUUCUUAUUGGCCGUGGGGGAGACAUCCGACGAGGCAUUGAGUCCCAGUUCAACGUCACGCUGGACAUUCCUCGACAAGGUUCUGGACGCGCCGAUGUCAAGCUGAAGGGACCUAGCACCGCUGUCGCGGAGGCAAAGGAACAUAUACUGGCUAUGCUCAAGGAUCAGCAGGGCGUGAGCGUUGAUGUUCCAAGGCAUUUGCACCAUGCCAUCGCUGACAAUGGAUCAUUCUUCCGCCGUCUUCGCAACGACUACCAGGUGACGGUGGAUCACGCUGGCCAGCAAGUCCCAGCCAAGCCCACAUUGGACGACUCGCGGGCGACUGCCAACGGAGCUUCUUCCCUGCCAUUGAUUACGGAUGAACCCAGCGAGGCGCUGGACGCUCACUCUUGGAAGGUGGUUGACAACAGCCCUGCGCCUAGCGAUCCCAAUGAACCGGCCACAAUUCCAUGGGUACUGGCUGGGUCCAGCAACAAUGUCGCCAAGGCCAAGGCUGCACUGGAGAAGGCCAUCAACACUGCCUCCCAGCAAUCCGCUACGGGAUACCUCAUCCUCCCCGACCCAAAGACGUAUCGCUUCGUUGUCGGCCAGGGUGGUAGCCAGAUCAACUCGAUUCGCAAGCAAACAGGCUGCCGAAUCAACGUGCCAAAAGACCAGGCUAAAGGCGAAGCGAUCGAAAUCAAGGGUAGCAAGGAGAGUUUAGACAAGGCUAAAGAUUUGAUUUUGGAGGCUGUUCGUGCCGGCUUGAACGGCAACGCCAGGUGA